GACUAUUGAUUUGAUUGGUAGUGUUGACUAGUGACGCAAAUUUAGCGCGCCGUGCUUUGCUAUCCACAACUGUGGUGUAGUGUCCACAAGUGGUUGCUAAAACUGUGAUAUUGUUCUACGUGUGUAAACAGUUCAAAGUACUGGUUAGACUCGAGUGUACACUCAACAAGUACAAUGUCUAGUACAUCACAAAAGCAUCGUAACUUCGUGGCUGAGCCCAUGGGGGAGAAGCCAGUUACAGAUCUAGCCGGCGUGGGGGAAGUCUUAGGGCGGAGGCUCGAAACAGCAGGUUUUGACAAGGCCUAUGUUGUACUUGGCCAGUUUUUGGUUCUGAAGAAGGAUAAAGAGCUGUUUCAAGAGUGGAUGAAAGAGACCUGCAGCGCUAACUCGAAGCAAUCCGCAGAUUGUUACCAGUGCUUACAAGAGUGGUGUGAUGAAUUUUUGUAAAUUGACCUUGACUUGAUGUCGGACUAAUAUUUUCUGACCUGUAAAUAAUUGGAAAGUAAGCAGUUAUGACUAAUCUAUGCAUUUUUGUAUGUGUUUGUUAAUAUGUAAUUUUUAAUGGAAGUGAACUAAAUGUUACAGAAUCUAACUAGAUAAGAACCAGUCUUAAUUAGUUAGUUUACCAUAUAUUAAUUAUGAUUCAUUAACUAGAACAUGAUAAGAUAAUCUUUUUUUUAUAUUCAUUUAACAAAUAUAAUAAUUAUAGUAAUAUUGGUAACAUUCAAUGACUUCGUGAAUAUUGACAUCUCUUUUAAGAAUAUAUGUACUAUUAAUAUUUUUUUAUUAAAAUAAAAACAUAUGUUUGCAUUUUGA